AUGCGCAUUUACGUUGUAAACGAUUUCAACAAAUUAUUUUAUUUUUCACAUUUUCAUAUCUCUCUUACAGCACAAAAAGAAGAAUUCCAAUGUCCUUCAAAUAUAGCCAACGGCAACUAUGCUGAUCCGGUUACAUGUCGGCGUUUCUAUCAGUGUGUAGAUGGUUUUCCGUACUUGAAUCGUUGUCCUUCUGGUUUAUAUUUUGAUGAUGUACAAAAAUUCUGUACCUUCAAGGAUGAAGCCAAAUGUGGUCCGUUAUCAACAACUCCUGCAACUGUAACAGAUGCUCCUGUUGAUAAAGCGCAAAAAUGCAAUACGGAAGAAUGUCAACUGCCAUACUGCUUCUGCUCGAAGGAUGGUACACAAAUUCCCGGUGGUUUAGAAGCCGAUAAGAUACCACAAAUGAUUAUGUUAACAUUCGAUGGUGCUGUGAAUUUAAAUAAUUAUGAUCAUUAUUCGAAAAUUUUCAAUGGCAAACGGAAAAAUCCCAAUGGCUGUAAUAUACGUGGUACAUUCUUCUUGUCGCACGAGUACAGUAACUAUCAACAAAUUCAGCAUCUGGCUUAUGCCGGUCAUGAGAUUGCUACAGAAAGCAUUUCACAACAACAAGGCCUUCAGGAUAAAGGCUAUGAAGAAUGGGUUGGAGAAAUGAUUGGCAUGCGAGAGAUUUUACGUCAUUUUUCCAAUGUGUCCGUUAAUGAUGUGGUGGGUAUGCGGGCGCCAUUCCUUAAACCGGGCCGUAAUACUCAAUAUAAGGUUAUAGAAGACUUUGGCUAUAUUUAUGAUAGUUCCAUAACUGUGCCGCCAGUCCCCGUGCCUGUCUGGCCGUAUACGUUAGAUUAUAAAAUCUCGCAUGAAUGCAAGAGUGGCACCUGUCCAUCGAAAACUUUUCCCGGCGUCUGGGAAGUUCCGCUCAAUACACAUUACGUUGAAGGCUUUGAAGGCGGUCACUGCCCUUACUUGGAUCAAUGUGUGCUGCAUAACUUGGAUGAAAAUGAAGUAUUUGAGUGGCUGCAAGAAGAUUUCUCACGUUACUAUGAACAAAAUAAAGCGCCCUACAUGAUGCCAUUCCAUACUAAUUGGUUUCAAACGAAAGCUUUAACAAAUGGUUUACAUAAAUUCUUAGAUUGGGUUUUAGAACUACCGGAUGUUUACGCGUUGACGGUUACACAAAUGUUACAAUAUAUGACCGAUCCCAAAGAAAUGCGUGAAAUUAAUACUAUCGACGCCUGGAAAUGUGAUAAAAGCGUCGCCGUAGCGCCUAAGCCUUGUAACAUUUGGAAUACUUGUGCUUUGCCGUUUAAGAUUCCCGAACAAAAUAUCACGGAUACACGUUAUAUGGAGACAUGUCGCGAAUGCCCUAACGUUUAUCCGUGGCUAGGAGAUGCCGGCGGUACCGGUAUUUCUGGUCGUGAUAACUACAUUUUCUCAGGUCCUGUACAAGAUGCUGAUGGUGAAAAUGUCGACGAAAAUUAAUUUUGAGAUAUAUAUAUAUAUACAAAAUUUUAAACAACUGUGUUAUAUGUUGUUAUGUCAAAUUGUUUUACUUAUAGUUUUAAAUUGGUUUUCACACUUAAUAUCAUUUUCAUUGCAUUCAAAAUUUGUUUUUAAAUCUCUUACAUAUUCGAAAGGAAAA